ACCGCAAGUGAAGUUGGAAUAAUCCAACUUCACUUGCGGCAACGCGGGAGUGGUUAUUUGUGCACAUUUCAAAAUAAAAUUGAAACGAUGGCAGGAGUAAAUGUGGAGAUUCCAAAGAAAGUAUACACAUGCGAAUUAUGCGAAAUAAUUCUUGGGGACCUUGAGGAUGAAGAAACAUGGUCCCAUGAAUGUUUUGCAAAUUAUUCAGAGAUUGUUUUUGAUGUGAAUAGCUUGUAUUUAUAUCCCAAAUGUGAAGAUGGAAGCAUUGUGCGCCGAAGUGCGAUUAAUGGAGCAGAGCAGAUUGUAAUAGAAUCGCCUCUUCCGACACAAGAGCCGUGCCCAGUGGAAAACCUGGAAGAACUUAUCAUUACAGAAGUGUCGGCACGAGAACUGUUAUGAA